CGUGGGUGUGUGACUGGAGGGACCCCAGAUCCCCUCAGUGAAUAGAGCAGCUGAGGAAGGGGCUGUUCCGGGGCAGCGCCCUCCCGCGCCUCGCCCACGGGGACCUGGCCAGGACGAGGAGAUGUAGCGGCGUCGGGCAUGACUACAGGUUGCAGUUUUGUCGCGUUCGUCCCUCGGCGUUCUGGUGAGGGGAGAAAAUGCCAGGCGUGCUGCCCAGUGACAGUAGCGGGCUUUCAAGAGGCACCCCCACGAAAAAAAGCAGACUUUCACUGAAAUUCUUUCAGAAAAGGGAAACAAAAAGAGCUCUGGAUUUUGCAGAAACGGCAGAAAAUGAGCAAAAGACUUCAGAAUAUGAAUGUUCUGAAAUUGACCAGGUAGUUCCUGCAACACAGCCACUUUCACCAUCACCUAUCUGCUGUGAGAAGAAAGACAACAUGCUACCUUUCGUGGGCUUGAACAAUCUUGGUAACACGUGUUACCUUAACAGUAUACUUCAGGUGCUUUAUUUUUGCCCUGGCUUUAAGACUGGAGUGAAACAACUAUUUAAUAUAAUUACAAACAAGAAGGAAAGCUUAAAAGGUGACACUGAUAAGGGGGGAAUUAAAGAAGAUUCUCUUGCAAGCUAUGAAUUGGUCUGCAGUUUACACUCCUUGAUUGUUUCAGUUGAACAGCUUCAGGCCAGCUUUCUCUUAAAUUCCGAUAAAUACACAGAUGAACUUGCAACUCAGCCAAGAAGACUACUAAAUACACUUAGGGAACUGAAUCCCAUGUAUGAGGGAUACUUGCAACAUGAUGCCCAAGAAGUAUUGCAGUGUAUAUUGGGACACAUCCAAGAAACAUGUCAUCUGUUGAAGGAACAACUGAAACCUGGAUCACUAGAAGAGCCCACAGCUGAACUAAAUAAAUCAACCAAUCAGGAUAUUGGCAGUACUUGUAUUGUUGAGGAAGAUGUUAGUUUGAUCUCUGACCAAGCUAUUGAGGAUGGUGAAGAUAAAACUAACGGAAAUGCAAAAAGAAAAAAUGAUACAGAGGAUGGCAAUGAAAAGAAAAAAUCCAAAGUUUCCAAAGAGAAAAAUGGAAUACAAGAGAAUCAGAGACGGACCAGGUCAAAGAGAAAAGCCCUGGAGGAAAAACUAGAAAAUCACUCUGAAGCAACCAUUAAGCAUUGCAUUGAAAAUGGAAAUAGAAAACCAACCCAUAAAAAAUCCAGGCUUCGGUUAAAUUGGUUAAAAUCUUCAAGCAAGCAACCUAGCAUUCUGUCCAAAUUUUGUAGUUUGGGAAAGCUGACAACAAACUUGGGGUUCAAAGAGCCUGUUAAAGAAACAGAAAACACUGGGUUCACAGACAGUUUCCGCAAGUGUGAAAAUGGCAGCCAAGGAACGGAAGACUACUGUGAUUUAUCUAUUGAAAGCCCUGUCGAAAAAGAAAUUGAAAAAAGAUGCCAGAGAGGUUCAGAGUUAGCUGUCUUCGAUUUAGUGGAGAGACUCUUCCAGGGUCAGUUGGUGUUACGAACAAGAUGUUUAGAGUGUGAGAGUUUCACUGAGAGAAGAGAAGACUUUCAAGAUAUUAGUGUGCCAGUGCAAAAAGAUGAGCUCUCGAAAACGGAAGAGAGUUCUGAAAUUUCUCCAGAUCCCAAAUCAGAAGUGAAGACUCUGAAGUGGGCAAUUUCACAGUUUGCUUCAGUGGAGAGGAUUGUGGGAGAAGAUAAAUAUUUUUGUGAAAACUGUCGUCAUUACACAGAAGCUGAACGCAGUCUUCUAUUUGAUAAAAUGCCUGAAGUUAUAACCAUCCACUUGAAGUGCUUCACAGCUCGAGGAUUAGAGUUUGAUUGUUAUGGUGGGCUGUCCAAGAUAAAUACUCCUUUACAGACACCUCUCAAGCUGUCUUUGGAUGACUGGAGCAUAAACCCAGGCAACGAAAUAUAUGGACUGUUUGCUGUAGUGAUGCACAGUGGUAUUACAAUCAGCAGUGGGCACUACACAGCCUCUGUUAAAAUUACAAAUUUGGAUAGCUUGGAAUUGGACAAGGACAAUUUAACAAGCGAUCCAUUUUGUAAAAUUCACCCAGAGCCACUGAAUGAACAAGAAGCAAGAGCUGUCACUGAGGACUAUGAUGACGGUGAGGUCUCCUUUAGAGUCAGUGGAAGUGCUCAGCCUAACAAAGGACUGAACAAAAAGAAUAUAGAAGCUGUGGGGCUUCUUGGAGGACAGAAAAGCAAGCUGAACUGUGAUUUGCCAAGCAACAAAGCAGCCCAUUCUGAGAUGAUGGCUAACAUAGUCACUGAAACUAAAAAUGCAGAGCAUAGCCAUGCUAAAGGAGUUGUGGAGUUUGAACACUGUGAGCAAACUGAUCCUGCUAUUGGACUAGAAAAUAAAGCAAUGCAUAUAAUGCAGAGCUUGAAAGAGUAUGAGGGGAAAUGGCUACUUUUUGAUGAUUCCGAAGUGAAAGUUACAGAGGAAAAAGACUUUCUCAACCUUCUGUCCCCCAUUUCCUCAUCUACAUCUACUCCUUACCUGCUGUUUUAUAAGAAAAUUGUAGAGUGAGGUUGUAUUUUAACUAUGUAAAUAAGUUUAGCAUCUGAUCAGCACUGAAGAGCACCUAUGAAGCUACAGAAGGAUUCACCAGACUAAGAUUCUGUAAAAAUGAGAUGAUUUUUUAAAGUGGGUAAUUAUCUUUAUAGAUUAUAUACAGAUCAUAGCAAUACAAACCUGUAUAUAUAGUCUGUUGAAUAAAAUGCUUUUAAGAGCACAGUAGCAUUUAAA